AUGAAAGAAGCCAAACUUGAUAAGGGUAUGUUGCAUACCCUGGAAUUGGAGAAUUUUAAAUCAUACAAAGGAAAGCAUACAAUUGGUCCAUUUUCAAGAUUUACGGCAAUCAUUGGUCCCAAUGGUUCUGGAAAAUCUAAUCUUAUGGAUGCUAUUUCAUUUGUUCUUGGAGAACGAACUCAAAGUCUUCGAGUCAAAAAAUUAUCCGACUUGAUUCACGGAGCUCCAAUCAAUAAACCCGUUGCAAAAUCAUGUUUUGUUACAAUGAAUUAUGUUUAUGGAGAUGGAGGAAAAACAAAGUCAUUCACAAGAGGAGUUAAUAAUGGAUCAUCUGAAUUCAAAAUUGAUGGAAGGGUAGAGUUUUUGUUAUCAAACUAUAAUUUUCAUGAUUUAUCCUUUUUUGUAGCAAGUGACUGUGCAACAAUAUAAUCAAGAAAUGGAAGGAAUCAAUAUUUUCAUCAAAGCUAAAAACUUUUUUGGUAUAUCAAGGAGCAAUUGAAUCAAUUGCAAUGAAAAAUCCAAAAGAAAGAACUCAAUUAUUCGAAGAACUUUCAAGAUCUCAUGAUUUUCAACAAGAAUAUGAUCGAUUGAAAAUUGAAAUGAAUAAAGCAGAAGAUGAUACACAACAAAAUAUGAAUAAAAGAAGAGGAAUUGCACAAGAAAAAAGAGAAGCUAAAAUGGAAAAAGAUGAAGCUGAAAAAUAUCAGAUAAUGAAGGAUAAUGUUGCAACAAAACAAAAGAUUCUUUAUCUUCAUCAAAUGUUUCAUUGUGAACGACUUAUUAAAGAAGCAAAAGAAGAAUUGACUGAACAGAAAAAGGCGAUUUCACAUUUGGAAAAGAAUAAAGCAGAAGAAGAUGCAAAAGUUUCAAGUGUUCAACAAGAUUACAAGAAAUCACAAAAAGAAUAUCAUAAAAUUGAAAGAAAAAUUGCGGAAAAAGAAAAGGAUUUGAUGACUCAAAGACCAUUAGCUGUUCAAGCUAAAGUUGAAGUUCAACAUCAUCAAAAGAAAUUGGAAACAGCAAAGAAAAUGUUGGCAACGGCUGAAAGUAUGGAAGAAAAAAGUAAAGGACAAUAUGAUGCAUUAGUUGAGAGAAAAAAGUGAGUUAUUAAUUAUCAUUGAUGCAAAAAUUACCGAAAUAUUCAUUAUUCUAGGGAAAUUGAGCAGAACAAGAGAGAAUUCGAAGAAGAAAUUGCAGAAAUGACACAGAAACAAGAAUUGAAAUUAUCAGAUGAACAAGUAAAUGAAUAUGAAAGUUUGAAAAGAAAAGCAUUGAUGGAAUCAGGAAGAGUUGAAAUGGAAUUGAUGUCUGCGAAACAAGUUCUCGAUACUGACAAAAGUAAUAUAAAUCAUGAAUUGAGAAGAAAAACUGAGCAUGAACAAAGAGUAAAUACAAAAGAAGAAGAAGUUGAACGAUUGAAAAGACAAAUUGAACAUCUUCAAGCUAAAAUCAAGGAAACUGAUGAAGCUGUAAAAGACAAAAAAAGUGGAUUAGGACACAUUGAAAAACAAGUUAUCGAAACAAAAUCGAGAACAGCUGAAUUGAAUAAAGAAUUGAUUGAUGUUCAAAGAAAAUUAUCAGAAGCUUCUGGUGAUUCGGCGGAAGGAGAAAGAAAUCAGAAACGAAAUGAAUGUAUCGAUAAUUUGCGAAGAGUUUUUCCAGAUAGAGUGAGUUUUUUCCUGGGAAAGGGGGGAUUUGAUUCGGAGUUCUCGACAAAAUCAUUUUGAUAGGACCAUAUCUCUCAAAAUCUCUCACAAUUUUCAACAUUCUCAUAAAUAAUUUAUUUUUCAAAUAAUAAAUGGAAUUUUUGUUGUCGAAAAGAUUCCACCGUUAUUUUCACUGUAGAAUCUUGUUUUAAUUGGCAGAAAUUCGGAAAAUUUUCAAAGCUCGAGAAGAACAAAACAAGAGGAAUUCUAAAAAUUAUUUUUUUUUUCAUAUGUUGACUUUAUUUUUUUGAGAAUUUUCAAGAAUUUGUAAAUUUUCUUCAUAAUUCUGAAUAAAAUCAGAACAUUUCUGACACUAUUUAAAUAGAAUUUCAUUCUUCUAUGCGAUGUCCAUGAAUAUCUGUAUUUUCAGAUUUAUGGUCGUCUCGUCGAUUUAUGUCAACCUUCUCAUAAAAGAUUCCAACUUGCAAUCACAAAAGUUCUUCAAAAACAUAUGAUGUCAAUUGUUUGUGAUACAGAAGAAACCGCAAAAGACGCAAUUGCAUAUUUGAAAGAACAAAGAUAUCAACCAGAAACAUUUCUACCAGCUGAUGCAUUGGAUGUCAAUCCAAUUAAUGACAAAUUAAGAGAUAUCAAAAAACCAGCUGGUGUCAAAUUAGUUUUUGAUGUUAUUAAUGUGAGUUUUUUCUUACAGUUAAUUAAUGUUUUCAAAAUGUUUAUUUGUAUUUUGUUUCAGGUCAAUAAUCAAGCAGCUCGUAAAGCUCUUCAAUUUGCAUGUGGAAAUGCAUUAGUUUGUGAACAUCAAGAUGAUGCAAAACAAUUAGCAUACGGUGGAUCUGGACUUCCAGAUAGAUAUAAAGCUGUUGCAAUGGAUGGAACAUUAUUCCAACAAUCAGGUGUUAUGUCAGGUGGAUCAGCUGAUUUGAAACAAAAAGCCAAAAAAUGGGAUGAUAAAGUUGUUCGAGGACUUCGAGAAACCAAAAAUAAAUUGAUUGAAGAAAUUACAACUUUGAGCAAAAAUCGACGAAAAGAAUUGGAUGUUGAAGUUGAAAGAAAUAAAAUAAGUGAAAUGGAAAAUCGAUUGAUUCAUAUGAGAAGAGAAUUGAAAAAGAUUAGAAGAGGAAAUAAUGGAAAGGUUAGAAACUGAAUUGGAAACAUUGAAUGCUGAAUUGAAUAUGUUACCGCCAAGAAUCAAAGAUUUGGAAGAAAAAUUGAAAAAAACUGAAGGAAUUGUGGGUGGAUUGGAAAAACAAAGUAAUGCAGUUGCUGAUAAAAUAUUUGAACAAUUUUGUGCGAAAAUUGGAAUUCGAAAUAUUCGAGAAUAUGAAGAUCGAGAAUUGAGAAUUCGACAAGAAAACGAGGAUAAAUUGCGAAGUUUUGAAGAUGAAAUCCAAAAAUUGAAGUAUGAAAUUGAUUAUGUUCAAUCAGAAGAUGGCGGGAAAAAAGUGAAAACUGAAAAAGAAAAGGUUUGUGUAUUUUUUUGAGUUUCGAAACUUCUAUACGUUUUCCAAAUCACAAAGUGCAUAGUUUAUUUCAGUUUUAUUGUUUAAACCAUUUGGUUUUUGAUUGUUCCACACAUUUUUAUUAACCCUAAAAAGGUGUUUCAAAUAAUGUUAAACCCUUAUCAUUUUUCAUUUUUUUUUUCAGGUUUCCCGACUCGAAAAAGAAUUCAAAGAGCUCAAAAAGAAAGAGAAAAAUGAAGCAUCGUCUUUGAAAGAAUUGGAACAAUCAUUAGAAGAUGAAAAAGAAAGAUUGGCUGAAAAGAAAGAAAUUGUGCAAAAACUCGAAAUCGAAUUGAAUGAAUUGAAAAAAGCAGCACAAGCAGCAACACGAGAAAUCACAGCCGCUGAAAAAUCAUUUUUAGGAUUGGAAAGUGUUGUGACAAGAAAACAACAUGAAAGGCAUACAUUGUUGCAUUCAGCGAAAAUUAAUCAAAUUAAUUUACCAUUGGCAUCUGGAAGUUUGGCCGAUAUUGAUUAUGAUGAUUUUGACGAUGAAGAUGAGGAUAUGGGUUAGUUUUUGAAUAAAUAAUAUCCCUGAUGUAUAUUUUCAUGAUCAUAUUUAUUUAGAAACUGAUGCUUCAACAUCGAAUGGAAAUGGUCCAAGUGUUUCACAAGAACAACUUGAUCGAGAAUCACAUAUCAAAAUGAAUUAUAGUUUAUUGCCACGUGAAAACAAAGAAGUUGAAGAUGAGGAUAAUGUGAAGAAAAUGACUGAUCGAUUGAAUAAAGAAAUCAAUGAACUUCAAAAUUCAAUUUCAUCUUUGAAUGCGCCAAAUUUGAAAGCAAAUCAACGGUGAGAAAAACAACUGUUUUGUUUUAUUUUACUCAGGCAAAUCGUCCCACCGGCGCAACACCAAAUCUCCACUCACUCAACACCGUUCUUCCACCGGUGGGCCCACCGGUGGGAAACCGGUGGAGCUUCGGUGUUCCACCGGUGGGAAAAGGGGGAACACCGGUGGAGUUUUUGGUGUUGCACCGGUGGCGUUCAGGUGUUCAACCGGUGGGAUUUAGGUGUUGCACCGGUGGGUUUGGAAAAUUUUUUGAGAGAAAUUUAUUUGUUUUAUUUUUUCUGUUGAGAAUGGAAUAUUUGAAUUCCUUUGAGUAAAAUUAGUUCGUCAGAGCGAACUUUCUCACUAUCUCUUUAGUGGAGAGACAAAAAUUCUCCGGACAAGAGAAAACCUCAAUAAUAGAAGCAUUUUGAAGUUGAAAUUCGCGGAUUUCGUGGAAGGUCAUGUAGUGAGUUCACCGACGUUUCGCGAGGCGCGCGCGCCGCUAUGUUUUUGAUAGGCCGUUUUCAAUGCUCGUCUUCCAUUUUAUCAACACCAGUGGAACACCAGAUGAAAGGUGGACAACCGGUGUUGAUUAGGUGGGAAACCGGUGCUAAUUAAGUGGACCACUGGUGUGGUAAAAAAUGUUGGAAAAAAAAAUUAAGCGGUGUUAAUCCGGUGGGAAGUGGUGUUGCGCUGGUGUUAGAACGGUGUUCAGUCAGUGUUAGUUGAGUGGAACACCGGUGUUUUUUUCUAUUUGGUGUUGCGCCGGUGGGACGAUUUGCCUGAGUAUAUGUUUAAAAUAAUUUUUUUGUUUUCAGUAUGGAAGAAGUGAAAGAACGAGAAGCUGAAUCAACUGAAGAAUUGGAAACUGCUCGGAAGAAGGCCAAGAAAAUUCGACAACAAUUUGAAAAGGUUCGUUUUUUUUUCCAAAAUCUUUUUUUAUCAAUCAAUUUCGAAAUGAAGAGACACAGAGAAAUAAGAUACUCAUUUGUUGUUUUCUUCACUUUUUUUGUAACAAUGAUUGAUUUUUUCGUGAAGUUGUGUUUUUUUUUUCAAAAAAAAAAAACAAUUGAUUUCAGAUAAAAACUGAAAGAUAUCGUCGAUUCCAAGAAUUCUUUGAUCCCGUUAGCAAUGCCAUCGAUGAUAUUUAUAAACAAUUAUCAAGAAAUUCAAGUGCUCAAGCAUUUUUGGGAGCCGAUAACAUGGAAGAACCAUAUCUUGAUGGUGUUCAAUAUAAUUGUGUAGCACCUGGAAAACGUUUUCGACCAAUGGAUAAUUUAUCCGGAGGUGAAAAAACAAUUGCCGCGUUGGCUUUGUUGUUUGCUGUUCAUGGAAGAAAUCCGGCACCGUUUUUCGUUUUGGAUGAAAUUGAUGCGGCUUUGGAUAAUACAAAUAUUGGAAAGGUAAGAAAUACUAAUUUUGACUGUGAAUGUCAUAGAAAAAAGGGCGUACAAUAAAAAAAAUAUGACGGGGAAGAAAUAAUAAUUAAUUUGAACCUUAAUAGGUUAAAGGAGGAAAAACUAAGGAAAGUUGUGAUUUGCAAUAUUUUGCCACGAAAAAAAAAUUAACUGAUCUCACGUUAGAAAAUUGAGUUUAUGCUUCCAAGAUAUAUAUUUUUCGAAAAUUUCGAAUUUUUAAAGAAAGAAAAAGAAAACUUCAUUUGGAUUUUUUCUGGAAAACAUUUCACCUAAAAUCUUCAUAUAUUUUCAGGUUGCUUCAUAUAUUUGCGAAACAGCUCGAGAGCAAAUGCAAAUCAUUGUUAUUUCUUUGAAAGAAGAAUUUUACAAUAAGGUAUUUUAUUUUAUUUUAUCUUUCUAUUAAAAUAUUUAUAAUAAAAUCAAUAAUUUUGUAGGCUGAUGCACUUAUCGGAAUUUAUCCUCAUCCGGCUGCUUGUACAACUUCUGGUGUUUUGACAUUUGAUUUGACAAAUUUUAAGCAAAUUGGAAUCAAUGAAAUGACUGAAAAUGUUCCCCCAGCAGCAGCAGCAGCAGCUACAACAGCUUAA